AUGGGAAGCACAAAAGCUGACCAGUGUCAAGGAGACCAACCGUCCGAUUCCGGGCGAGACAAUCCGUCCGUUUCCGGACGAAACAACCCGUCCGUCUCCGGACGAACCGACCGGCCGGUGCCUCGGGUGGGGACCUACAUCCAACGGUCCGACGUGGAACAACGGAGCCGGAAAAUGGCGUUUCUCGCAACACCCCCGCCACCCCCGAGCCACCGCCGACGACCACCGGUCCUCUCGGACUCGCCAGCCUCCGCCGUCAUCACCAUCGCCGCCGCCACCAAGCCUACAACGACACCGACCGACGCACGCCGCCCAGCCCGACCACCAUCACGACCGACACAUCGAUCAACGCAUCAUGCCACCGCGCGCCAACCGGCGCCCUCCACGGCCGGGUUAACGGCCACCGUGCGGCGACCGAUGCCUCCUGGAGCGGGAGGCCAGCCAGCAUUGAGCACCGCCGGGCGACCAGCUACAAAGUCGCGCCAACCCCCGACCGGCACACCUCGGUCGGCGCCAUCAGACGCGCGCGAAGCGGAUAACCCGACAGUCGAGCCAACGACGAUCUCACCGUCCUCGCACGGUGACGGCAGACGAUCAGACGCCGCGUGCCGAUCGACCACGCGUCCACCGGCACCCUCCACCGCCGUGCCGCCGACCAUCGCGCAACGACCGGCGCCCCCUACAGCGGUGGGCCAACCGCACCCCGUGCAGGUUACCCUGGGGAACGGACGAACGGUCGACGUUCCGUUCUACGCCGCCACCAUCUCGCGGCGAUAUAAAGUGCGCACCCCGGACGGCCGCUGGAUCAUCCGAUUCAAUCGGCGUGGUCAGCCACGGAUGAUCCGCCAACUGCCUCACCCCCCGUAA